AUGAGUAAACAAGAGCAAGAAGACCCACAGCAAGAACAAAGGCCAACCGUUCAGGAAAAUGAUCCCAGGAACUUGCAGCGACUAGGAAUGCUGUUAGUGUCUCCAGGGCUGGAUGAAGACAGAUUGAGUGAGAAAAUGAUUUCGAAAAUCAAAAAAUCCAAGGAUAUUGAAAAAAAUCAAAAACUACUGAUAUCUAGGCUGUCGCAAAAAGAGGAGGAUCAUGCUGGUAAGCCUCCUGCCAUUACAAUUUCUUCUGCAGAAAAAACUAUACCUUUUAAACCUCCGAAUCAUUCUUUGAAGAGGAAAAGGGUACCUCCAGCGCUAAAUUUUUCUGAUAUACGAUCAUCUUCUCAUUUGCAUGCAUCUAAAAGUGCUCCACCAAACAUAACGAGGUUCCCACAGCAGAAAAGUAGCCUUAGAGUCAGAUAUAUGGGCAGGAUGGCUCCUACGGCUCAGGAUUAUCAUUCUCCGAUAGCCAAUUCAUACAUGGCACCAACCUACCCUUAUCCAUAUACUGGUCUGCCACCAGUACAAUGCUACCCAUAUUCUUCAACGCCGACACAUACCCACGCAUACGAAGGCUAUUGUUCCCCGAUGUAUCCUAACCCCUUGUAUAAUAAUGCUAUAGGACCGGCCGAUUACCAAGCAAAGCGUAAGAAGCUGGCAAGUAGGUCGCCACACUUGGACGAUUUGGCUUCAAGAAAAAGAACCUCCCUCUCCAGACACCACGGCGGAGACGCAACCACAAGUAGGACUGAUGGAGACACAGAAUACCCUGUCCCAAAGCAUUCAUUAAGCGAGGGCGCUUCACUUAACGACGAUCCCGAUGAUUACAACGACAAAGAAAGGAGCAUUAUCGGCGAAAUCUCUCUAUAUGAUGAUGUUUUCAAAUUUGAAGUUCGCAAUAACAAAGAUGAUUAUAUGAAAGCGUGUGAAACUAUCUGGAGUGAAUGGAAUAACUUGAAGAAAUGA